CCUCGCUCUGGUCCCUGCGGCUGGCGGCCGAGCCUUGUGCCUCCGCCAUAUUGUCUGUGUGAGGCCGGCGGGGCGGCGGGCAGCGCGGCGGCCGCGCCAGCUGGAAAAAUCAGAGCCUGAUCCAAGGCCUUUGCCUUGUGUCCAGCUUUGAGAUUGGAGGCUACCAGAAAUCAAAGCACCUGAGAGAGCUCCACCUGCCAACCUGUCUGACAUGUCGGGACCCGUGCCAAGCAGGGCCAGAGUUUACACUGAUGUAAACACACACAGACCCCGGGAAUACUGGGACUAUGAGUCGCAUGUUGUCGAAUGGGGAAAUCAAGAUGACUAUCAGCUAGUUCGGAAAUUAGGCCGAGGCAAAUACAGCGAAGUGUUUGAAGCCAUCAACAUCACAAAUAAUGAAAAAGUAGUCGUUAAAAUCCUCAAGCCUGUAAAAAAGAAGAAAAUCAAGCGUGAAAUCAAGAUCUUGGAAAACUUGCGAGGUGGUCCCAAUAUCAUCACCCUUGCAGACAUAGUAAAAGACCCUGUGUCCCGGACCCCUGCUUUGGUUUUUGAACACGUAAACAACACAGACUUUAAGCAAUUAUACCAGACGUUAACAGACUAUGACAUUAGAUUCUACAUGUAUGAGAUUUUGAAGGCCCUGGAUUACUGUCAUAGCAUGGGGAUCAUGCACAGAGAUGUCAAGCCUCACAAUGUCAUGAUUGACCAUGAGCACAGAAAGCUCAGGCUAAUAGACUGGGGUUUGGCUGAAUUCUAUCAUCCUGGUCAGGAGUACAAUGUCAGAGUGGCUUCCCGGUAUUUCAAAGGACCUGAACUCCUUGUAGAUUAUCAGAUGUAUGAUUACAGUCUGGAUAUGUGGAGCUUGGGUUGUAUGCUGGCUAGUAUGAUCUUCCGAAAGGAGCCAUUUUUCCAUGGCCAUGACAACUACGAUCAGUUGGUGAGGAUAGCCAAGGUGCUGGGGACAGAAGACCUGUAUGACUACAUCGACAAAUACAACAUUGAGCUGGAUCCUCGUUUCAAUGACAUCUUGGGCAGGCAUUCCCGUAAGCGAUGGGAGCGCUUUGUUCACAGUGAGAAUCAGCACUUGGUGAGCCCAGAAGCUCUGGAUUUCUUAGACAAGCUGCUGCGGUAUGACCACCAGUCACGACUGACAGCUAGAGAAGCCAUGGAACACCCUUACUUCUAUCCCAUCGUGAAGGACCAGGCUCGGAUGGGCUCGUCCAGCAUGCCGGGAGGCAGCACUCCUGUCAGCAGUGCCAGUAUGAUGUCAGGGAUCUCUUCAGUGCCAACACCUUCGCCCCUUGGACCCUUAGCAGGCUCGCCAGUGAUUUCUGCCACCAACACCCUGGGGAUGCCAGUUCCAGCUGCCGCAGGAGCUCAGCAGUAGUGAUGGUUUUUUGUCUCCUGAUGCCUGAGUUGAGUCAGGUGGGGAAGAGGUUUUCCCCUCCACCUCUCCCCAGGACGCAGCUCGCGCCUGGCCGGGGAAGAGGAGGGGUUGGACCGCUUCGGAGGCACUGUGUCUGAACAGUUGCUUGUGGAUUUAUAGUAGUUCAGUCAUUAUAUAAAAAAAAUUAUUAUAGGCUGUUUUUUUUUCUUUUUUUUUUUUUUACUUGAACUUUUCGUAACUCAGGGGAAUCCCUGAAAAUACCUGAAGAAGGAAUAUUUCUCGGACAGUUUUUUUUUUGUUUUUGUUUUUUGUUUUUUUUGUUGGGUUUUUUUUUUCCACCCCCCACCCCAGACUCCUCCUCAUCGAGAAUAAAGAUGAAUCAGCUGCGUUUCCAGGCCGUUGCAUCCUGCUGGAAAUCUCUUCUCUUCAUAGUCCCACCAUUAUUCCUCCACCAGCCUACACCAUGGGGGGAUUGUCCUGUGCUUUUCUCCGGAGGCUACCAAGCCAAGUUUUGACAAGGCCGGGGGAGGUGGGUUUCUUAAAGUACCGAUCACUUUAACACCAUAUUCUACAUAUGACUCAACUGGGGUACGUUGAGGAGACAACUUCAGUUCGUAGCAAUGGUCAAAGUGUAUAAGUGCAGAUAAGGCUUCAAACCCUAUUCUGUCCCGUGUGAAUUAUGUCUCCCUAGGAGCUAACCAGAAUGCCAACUCACUCCCUUGCAUGUAAUUUUAGUCUUAAGCAUAACGUUACGGAUCCAGUGGAAGUCCUUGCCAUCUCCCAGUAAAGGUGCUCUAGAAGGGGGAAGCUGUACCCUCCUCUGUACCUUCCCCCCCACAUAGGGUUCUUCCUGCCAGCUGCUUGGCUUGGAAGUCUAGCAUUUAUUUGUUACUGGGUAUAUUGUUUUUAAAUGGCUUAUGCAGAUUUCAGGCUGGUGGCUAGUUAAAGAGCUGGAAAGAUCAGACUGCACCAAGUCAGAUACUGUCUUCACCCACCACCCUCUCCCUCACGUGCCAUGUGGUGAGAAUACCGGUUACCUCAGUCUUGUAAAUAUGCACUGAGAGGAAGGAGCGAGCAGACUCUAACUUAAACUGAAAUGGUAGACCUGUAAUUGUGGACAGAUAUUACCGUUAACAAGUAACAGGAAAAAACAAAACAAAAAGGCACCCUUGUUCCAGCCCUGCUACCCCUUGCUGUGUAUAUAUACUUGUCCUUCAUUGUGAAAGAGCCAGUGUUGGAAUUCUUUGGUGUAAAUAAACAUUUGGUUUUAUUUAUCAA